AUGAGCGUGCUGCUCGAGACGUCGGUAGGCGACAUCGUGAUCGACCUGCACACCGAGGCGGCGCCGCGCUCCUGCACCAACUUCCUCAAGCUGUGCUCCAAGCACUUCUACAAGCUCAACGCCUUCUUCCGCGUGGAGAAGGACUUUCUGGCGCAGACGGGCGAUCCGACCAACACGGGGAAAGGCGGUGCCAGCAUCUGGUCGCAGCUUCCCUCCACGUCGCGCGACCGGCUCGACAGCAGCUUGUUCCAGCCCGACACCGACGAGACGCUCAAGCAUACCAGCAAGGGCACUGUCUCCUUUGCAUGUAUCCGCAGCCAGGAGCAUGCAGAAGAUGAGGGGGUGGCGCUGCUGGCAGGUUCGCAGUUCUUCAUCACGCUCAAGGACGACAUCGAGUAUCUGGAUGGCAAGCAUGUACCUUUCGGAACGGUGGUCGAAGGGCAAGAGGCCGGUGGCACGCUCGAUAAGAUCAACGCCGCAUUUACGGAUGAUCAGAAGCGGCCGCUCAAGGAUAUCCGCAUCCGACACGUCGUGGUGCUCGAAGAUCCUUUUCCAGACCCGGACGGUUUCAGCCCGCCAUCGCGCUCACCCUCGCCCACUCCUUCGCAGCUUCACGCGCUGCGGCUUGCGGACGACGAGGACCUGAGCGAAGAGCGCGACGAGACAGAGAAGGAGCAGCAGCGACGCGAUGCCGACACGAACGCGGCUGCGCUGACGCUCGAAAUGGUCGGCGACCUCCCCUUUGCCGAGAUCCGCCCGCCGGAGAACAUCCUCUUUGUGUGCAAGCUCAAUCCGGUCACGCGCAGCGAGGAUCUGGAGCUCAUCUUUUCGCGCUUUGGCAGGAUUAUGUCGUGCGAGGUGAUCAAGGACAAAAAGACUGGCGACUCGCUCCAGUACGCGUUUAUCGAGUUCGACAAGAAGGACGACGCCGAACGCGCCUACUUCAAGAUGCAGAACGUGCUCGUCGACGACCGCCGCAUCUGGGUCGACUUUUCCCAGAGCGUCAGCAGGCUGCACGGCGACUGGGUCAAGAAGCGCAACGGAGGCAGAGAGGCGCCGCGCGGCCAUUACAAGUGGGGCGAUCAGUCCUCUCGCAAUGGCUCGCAUGCAGCCAGUCGCACCAGCUCGUACCGACCGCGCGAUCAAGUCAAAGGGUUCGCUCGCCCCGUCGAGACGAAAGCAGGGAGCGUGAUCACAAGAGGUCGCGACGACAAGACGACGGCGACGACAGGCGCUACCGCAGAAGUGCCGAGCAAAGCAGGAGCAUCCACGACGACCGAGACAGCAGACACGGCCACCCGCGCUCCCAACGCGAACACCACUCCAGUCGCUCAGAGCGUUCCGAACGCGAACACGACCGUGACCGCCGUCGUGAUGAUGGUCGAGAUAGAGAAGGCGAGCGCGCAAGCGGCAGUGGCAGCCGACGCGAUCGCAGCGACGACAAAGAUCGGCGCCACCACGACGAACGUUCGCGGCACGGGAGCGAUUCUCGUCGUCGCUAGCGCAUCGUUGAUCGCCUCAUUGCUCGCCCAUUGCAGCAUCAGACAUACCCCCAUUGCAAGGCUAUCCACUUGUCAUCCUCGUCGUGCCAGAGCAGGGCAAGGCGAUGCGAUGGUAGCCGACAUGAGUGCAUCGCCUUACACUCGGUCGAGCGCACUCGCGCCGUCGCCCACGGCGGCGUACUUCCCCAGCUCGUCGCGGCGCAGCAGCGUCUACACCUCGAACGCCGCGGCGGAAGACGACGAGGCGCUGGACGAGAUUCGGCGGUAUGAGUCCUUCUCCACCGUCGACUGGGUCGUCGACAGCACGCGCGAACGCAACCGCAUCGCACGCGAACGCAAUGCCGCCUCGGCACACUUUUCUAACGCACACCUCGCCAACGGCUCACGGGCCGAUGCUGCCUGGGGCCAUGUGGGAUUUGGACGAGCCGGGAUUCCACCGAGAUGGUGGUCUAGGGGACCUUGGGGACGGAGGGCUUGGCUCGUGUGGGGGAUCGUCAAGAGUGCGCUCGCCGCCUUCACCGAUAGCGGCGUGAUCGUGCUCGUCGGCAUCCUCAUCGGCCUCAAUAUGGGCGUCAUCAGCUUGGCCACCGAGUGGGCUUCGGAUCUCAAGCAGGGCUACUGCAGCUCCGGGUGGUGGCUCAAUCAGAAGUUCUGCUGCUGGGAGAUGAUGGAUCCCGCAGGGCCGGGUGGAGCACCGCUCCCGGCCGCAGCCAAAGCACUCGCCACCGCAACUGUCACUGUCACGGCACCCGCAGCUUCGUCGGAUCCUACGGGCUCCACGACGCUGCUCUCCACGGCUACGCCGGCAGCAGCACGUGCAACAGCCAGGGCUAUCGCCCACGAAGCCUACAACCUCACACUAGGCGCCGUGCGCGAUCACGAGCUGUGGUCGCGAGCCGCGCAGGACAUCUUUCACGACGGCCUCGGUGCAGGACUGGGCCUAAUGGCGCGCGCGGAAGGUGCGCCAUCUCCGGGCGCCGGCGACUUGAGCGAGACGUGCACCGACUGGGUGCCGUGGUCGCGCUGGGCGUUUCCCGCAUGGAUCGUGUACAUGCUCUUUGCGAGCCUGCUGUCGUUCGUCUGCGCGCACCUCGUCAAGUCGUUCGCCCCCUACGCAGCCGGCAGCGGCAUCUCGGAGAUCAAGUGCAUCCUGGCUGGAUUUGUCAUCAACGGCUACCUGGGCUUCUGGACGCUGGCGAUCAAGAGUCUUACGUUGCCGCUGGCGAUUGCGUCCGGGCUGAGCGUGGGCAAGGAAGGCCCGGCGGUGCACGUGGCGUGCUGCAUCGGCAACGUGGUCGCGAGCUUCUUCCGCUCGUUCAACCGGAGCCAGGCCAAGAUGCGCGAGCUGCUCACCGCGGCAUCGGCGGCGGGAGUGGCAGUGGCAUUCGGCUCGCCGAUUGGCGGCGUGCUCUUCUCGCUCGAAGAGAUGGCGUACAACUUCCCGGCGUCGACCAUGUGGCGCUCGUUCCUGUGCGCGUUGGCGGCGACGGUGACGCUGUCGUUCAUGAACCCCUUCCGUACGGGCAAGCUCGUGCUCUUCCAGGUUUCGUACGACCGCGACUGGCACUACUUUGAGAUCAUCUUCUACAUGAUCAUCGGCGUCUUUGGCGGGCUGUAUGGCGCGUUUGUCAUCAAGUACAAUCUGCAGGUGCAGUCGUUUCGACGCAACUACCUUGCCAAGCACGGCGUGAGCGAGGUGGUGGUGCUGGCGGUGCUCACGGCCUUCAUUGGGUACGCCAAUAAGUUCCUGCGCAUCGAUAUGACCGAGUCGCUCGAGAUCCUCUUCCGCGAGUGCGAGGGCGGCGGCGACUACGAUAACCUUUGCCAGAGCUGGGCACAAUGGCGUAUGGUCAACUCGCUGCUGCUCGCCACGGUGCUGCGUACGGCGCUCGUCAUCAUCUCGUACGGAUGCAAGGUGCCCGCGGGUAUCUUUGUGCCCUCCAUGGCCAUCGGUGCCACGUUUGGCCGCAUGGUGGGGAUCUUGGUCAAGGCGCUCUACAAUGCUUUCCCUCAUUGGUCGCUCUUUUCGGCGUGCCAGCCCGAUGUGCCGUGCAUCACUCCGGGUACCUACGCAUUCUUGGGUGCCGCAGCCGCACUCGCGGGCGUCACGCGCAUCACCGUCGCCGUGGUGGUCAUCAUGUUCGAGCUCACCGGCGCGCUCACCUACAUCCUGCCCACCAUGAUCGUCGUGGGCAUCACCAAGGGUGUCGCCGAUUGGUUUUCGCGCGGCGGUAUUGCCGAGCAGAUGAUCAAGUUCUCCGGCUACCCUUUCCUGGACAAGGACGACCACAGCUUUGGCGUGCCCGUUGCCGACGUGAUGCGCGCGGAUCCGCAAGUGCUGUACGCUGCGGGCAUGCGGCUCGGUGAACUGGAAACUAAGCUCGCCGACGCCACCUACAAGGGCCUGCCGCUUGUUCAGAGCAGGGAGGAUGCAACGCUGCUCGGAUAUGCGGGCAAGACGGAGCUGCGCUAUGCGGUGGGCAAGGCGAGGCGCGCACGAACACUCAAUGCCGACACCACGUGUCUGUUCAGUGUGGGUCCGAACCGCGCACACGGCAGUCGGCGCGGGACGCAGCAACAGGACCUGCUCAAUGUAGCCUCGCUGCCCACGACGGCUGCGGCGGACCAGGCGUUGCGCGAAGACAUGCUGAGCCGGUUCAGCGGUGCCGCCGCAGCAGGUGGGGCUCUGGGACUCGGCGGCAGUGGGGCCACCGCGGCACGCGCGUCGCAACGGCAGCACGAAUCCGAGUCUCUCAUCGGCCAGCUCGACGGUGCGCACGAUGAUGACGACGACGCGCCUCGAGCCCGGUCGAACUACCCCAGCGCAGGCGCGGAUAGUGAUGGCGACGAGAUGGACGAGGAUGCCGAGCUGGGUGAGGCGGGCGGUGGAGUGGAUGGCGAGGGCGAUUCGGACGUGCUCGAGUUGGCGGGGUGGAUUGAUCCGACGCCGCUGAUCGUGCAGCCGGACAUGGCGCUCGAGACGGUGAUGGAUAUGUUCAAGAAUCUGGGGCCGCGCGUGAUCCUGGUGGUCGAGUACGGCAAGCUCUCGGGGCUGGUUACGGUCAAAGACGUGCUGAAGCGCAUCGCGCAGCAGGAAAAGGCCGAAGCAGCCGCACGCUCGGCAUCGCUUCCAAGCACGUCUGCUGGUGCACACGAGGGAAUUGGGGGCGGCGAACUCGAGGUGCUGCUCAAAGAGGCCUAUGACUGGGCCCAGCAGCAGUGGGCAUCGAUUGCGCCGCACUUUGAUCGUCUGGGUGCCAGGAUGGGCGUAUCGACAAGGACUGCGUCGCGCGCCAGUGCCUAUUCGCAUCUCGGCUCACACGCGGGCAGGUACGAUUCGACGCCCGAGCCCGAGUCGGAAUCGGUGCCACUGCACAGCUCGCAGGGUGGUCAACGGCACAAGCCGCAAGAAGACCAGCAUUCGUUUGUGCUCGGUGAGGCCGACGAGUAG